CUGACAGUGGGAGCCGAGGGACACUGCGACAGUCUGCGCUCAGGUCAGCCCGCGGUCCGACAGAGGGAACGCCGUUAAAAUGCCUUCAAACAAAGAUGACGGUGGAUGGAAGAAGUUCCUGUGGAACUCGGAGACCGGAGAGGUGAUGGGUCGAACUGGAGGCAGCUGGUUCAAGAUUUUUCUAUUUUAUGUGAUCUUCUAUGGAUGCCUUGCUGGAAUCUUCAUUGGGACCAUCCAAGCUAUGCUGCUGACCCUGAGUGACUACAAGCCAACCUGGCAGGAUCGAGUUGCACCCCCUGGCCUUUCACACACCCCUCGCGCAGACAAAGCCGAAGUGUCCUUCAACCUCAACGAAAUAGAGACGUAUCUGCCAUACACCAAAGCCUUGAAAGACUUCCUUGCCAAGUACGACGAGGAGAUCCAGACUGACUUGAUGAAGUACGAAGACUGUGGAGAUGAGCCCUCCUCCUACAAGAACCGCGGCGACCUAGAGAGCGACAUGGGUGUCAGGAAGGCUUGCAUGUUUUCUCGCCGUCUGCUUGGACCGUGCUCUGGUGUAACCGAUCCCCAUUUUGGAUUCAAAGACGGAAAACCCUGUCUGAUUGUGAAAUUGAAUAGGAUUGUCAACUUCCGCCCAAGACCCCCAAGCUCCAAUACAUCCAUCCCUGAAGAAGCACAGUACAAAGUCCAGCCAAAUGUCAUCCCCAUCCACUGCACCAACAAGCGGGAGGAAGACGCUGGUAAGAUUGGUGAAAUCAACUACCACGGCAUUGGUGGUGGCUUCCCACUGCAGUACUACCCGUACUACGGUAAGAUGCUUCACCCUCAGUACCUCCAGCCCUUAGUGGCUGUGCAGUUCAUGAACCUGACCAAGAACAUGGAACUGCGUAUCGAGUGCAAAGUGUACGGAGAGAACAUUGCAUACAGCGACAAGGAUCGCUACCAAGGACGCUUUGACAUCAAGAUCCAGGUCACUGGCUCAUGACCACUGCGCUCUUCCAGAGCGCCGCGCUCACCUCUCCCACAUCCCCUGUCAUCCUUCGGUCAAAUCCAAUAAUCUCCUGUAGAAGCUGAGUCUGUGGGGAUCUGGGUUUUUUUUAUGUGGGGGGGGUGGGCGAUGGGUUAGGAGCGGUCAGGCUCUAGCGGUUAAGUCAAUCACAUCUAGUCUAUAAUGAAUAAUAAUGAAAAUCAAGUAGGGGACCCAAUGUAAUCUGUCCACUCUCCUGUCCAUUGUUAGAAUGCGAAUACGAGGGAAGCGUAGCAGUAGAUUGAGGAAAUCUAUUUAUUCUGCUGUGAAUUUCCCACAACCAUUGGACGUGCUUCAUGCUGCUUGCUAGUCUCUGUUUCUUCCAAAUGUUGCCUCUUGUGUGUGCGAUCUGGUCCAUCUCUGCCACCUCACUCCUGCUCUGGCUCUGGCUCUGGAUCCAUGCACGUCCAACUUCUGCACACCUUUGAAGCGACCCGAUGAUCGACAAGGCUGCACUCCAAGUUCGUCUUUUUCCUUUUCCUCCUUUUUUUCCCUAUUUGUUUUUACAUCUGAUCGCAGGGAUACUUUUUAAAUGGCUUCUUCUUGUGCUUUACUCAAUCGUUCUUAAUGCGUUUUAGGGUUUUAUUAUUUCCGUGUCCUGCCUUUUACUGUUGAUUUUUGCCUUGAAUGUACAGUUGUGUGGCAAAACCUGUCGGGACGCUCGAGGCCUUCGCUAAAGGCCGAGGGUAUUCAGUUCCUCUGGAAUUCAUCACCGCACUGUAAUGUUGCUCUGAAUGUUUUCGUUCGUGAACGUGGUGGACAAAUUUUAUAUUUAUGCAGUUGUACAUUUUGUUUCUUUAAAGAAUAUUGUAUAAAUGCAAUACCAAAGGGAGGAGCUAAAGAGGGUCUUCAUCUGUACCAAUGCAGUACUCAUGUAUUUGCUUCUAAUAUGAAGUGCUCAAGUCAAUGUUUUGCCUUGUAACCCUUUAUGGUUUACUCUCAAGUGUCAUGAAUGUAGCCUGUUCAUACACUGAACAAGAAGCAGGGGGACUCCAGCUUGACCUUAAAGCAUCUCAAUAAAACAUGUGAUCUCAGAGUGCUUGGUGGCAUUGGAUGUUGUUGGCAAUAUUUCACUGGAUGUUGUACACACCCGACUGAACAUCAUUUCAUUCUUUGUCAUCAAAUAAAAGGUAGAAAUAA